AGAACCACUGGCCUACAUUCUAAUUUCGCGUGUCCGUGUUUCAAGCGAAAAUUUUUCUUCAAGGACGAGUCCCGAACGAAAGAUGUCUCCUUAAAUGAUGUCAUCAAAGGUGGUCCUCCUGCAGGGGGUGAUCCUCAUCCUCUUUGCCACCUCACAAGUGAAAGGUCGUAUUCGUCGCUGCUAUGUUUGCCGUUCGAGGGGUGAGCUUGGAGACUGCAAAGACCCCUUCCAGUACAACAGCACUACAGUGGAAGAUUUAAGAGGGGUAGAAGCUGCUCCCUGCGCAUCAGGAUGGUGCGCCAAGAUAAUUGAAGGAGAGAAUAGUGAUUUUGACACUGCAACUGAACGCAUGUGUGUUCAAAGGCCACCAACAGAUGGUGAGGAAAGGUGUUCGGAUACAAUCUUCGACAGAAAGCCAGUCUAUAUGUGUUUCUGCUUGGGGGACUUGUGCAACGGUGUGUCGAUCCCUGGAAGCAUCAGCCAUCAGUUACUGUUUCUUUGUUCUGCUUUCGUUUUUAUCUUGGCCAGAAGACAAUUGAUGGCAUGAACCUAUGUUGAAAAUUAGAAAACUAUCAAUGCAAUAUUCAAAUAGGUAGAAUAUUUCGAAGCCAUGAAUGAACUGCACGUAACACCAAAUGGCUAGGCAAAAUGAAACCUUCCACACCUACUAUUUGCACAGCUUAUUGGUUAGGUGUGGCCCAGGUCAGUUAUGGCAAAAAGUAGCAGCAGCUUCUCCGGAAAAUUUUUCAAUGAAGUUCCUUGCCAUCAUAUUUAUUUUUGUUGUUACAUCAGCUGGAGCAUAACCUCAACACUUUCCUUACUUUAAAUUUUUCUGUGAUCUUUUUUCUUCCCUUUCGUUUUCAAAUUUCCAUGAGAAAGCUCUUGCUUCCAGCAACAGUUACAAUGAUGGCUCAAAACUUUCUUGAAACAAGAGGGUUUAUUCAAGAAGCUAUUAAGCUUUUGAAUAAAAUAUAAAAAGCUUCGAAUCAGAAGCUAGUGUAAAUAAUAAUAGCUUGCACAUUUCACAAUAAAAGUUUUCAUUUUUUUUUUUUUUUUUUGAAUAAAGUGUAUAUAAAUAACAUUUAUAACCUUAAUGUAAUGCAGUGCAUUUCUUCUGUGGGGAAAAAAAUAUAUAUGCAGUAGAGUCUCUAGAAAGUUUGAGGUUCUGCUUAAUCCAAGGUGCUUCAUUUAUACUUUAAGUUUAAUUUUUUAGCAGCUAAAAAAAAUUCAUUGAAAUCUGAAAAUGAAAUCUUAUGCAACUAUGAAACUAAUUAACUACAAACAGUAAAUAUUUAAAAAAAAACGUUGAGAUUGGUUUCAACAACUACCUAAGUGGCACAAAAUAUUCAUCGACUACAAGGUAUGUAUUAAGAGAUGCCUUGGAGAUAACUUGAUACACAAAAUUCACAUUGAUUUGCCACAACGAAUGUGUUAACAUCCCUUUUGGAAUAUCUGAUUGCAAUUAAAAUAAAAGGUGUUCAAAUAAAAUCAAAACAGAAGGUGUGAAGCCAUUGAAAUUUCAAUAGACAAAAUUUAAACCUUCCACAAAUAAACAGUUUUAGUUAUGCAAGAUACAUACAUAUACACGCACUCAUACCUGUAGAUAACCUCAUGAGACUAAAUUCAUUGAAAUGGAUUCGGGCGCAUUCAAAAUGCAUGUUUUGGUUUCCUACAAAUGUGCACACAUAAAUACUUACAGACAUCGUAAAAACGUAAAAUCAAAAUUCUUUCAGACGUAAUUGAAAGGAAAAUUUGUGUUGAAAUUUAAGUGAUAAAUUUUUUGUGAAGACAAUACUUCAUUUCCUUUGUACGAGGAAGUAAAGUUUUGCCGAAUAGUGUCAAUUUUUAAUCUGGAAGAAUUUUCCAGAUAAUCCGAGUUUCCAGUAAUCCGAGGUGACGUGGGUCCUAAUUAACUCAGAUUUUUGAGAUUCUAGUGUAUAUAUUAUUUUUCUCCCUGCUUGCUUUUUAAGGUAAAGAUGACUAUAUGAGCACAUUUCUAAGUGACUUCGUAAAGUAAUGAAAUUUUGAAUUUUGAAAAAAAAAAUCGAACAAUUCAUGUAAAAUAUGCAUUUUUUUCACCAACAGCAUUCCUAUUAGACUUAAUAAGUGAAAUUAAAUAUAUAUGUUCUGAGUGAAACUUGAUUUUUGAGACCACGAAGUGUUCAUCCGAAGUAAAUGAACUGCUUAAUUUUUUUCUUUACAAGGCAUUUUAAGAGAUCUUAUGCAUAAAUUUCAUUUAGGCACAAAGUGUAUAUAAUUGACGCUCAUUAUAACGACCACAUACAUAUUAUAAAGACCGUCCCAUUAUAACGCCCGGUGAAAAAAGUCCCAACUUUGUUGCUAUGAACUCUAUGUUAAUAUGCUUUUGACAUAAAGACCGCUCUGUAUCGUUUAAUCCAAUACAGCGACCAAAUUCAGCGGAUGUUAUUUCUGGUGUUCCUUCCAAUAAAACAACUUUGUAAUUUGAAAUGACCUCUGUUAUUGUUUAUGGACGUCUGCCUGGAGUGUUAAAUAUAAAACCCAACUUUGAGAAGGGGGGAGGGAAUUACCACUCACCACAGCUAGCACAGAAAAAAUAAUAAUGGGAGGACAAAGAGAAAUUUUCAGAUUCCUAAGAAAAGGGAGCUGACAGAUGUUUUGGUAGUUUGGUGUUUGAAUCUAGUGGUGUUUAAGAUUUUGGGUUCUCGAAGGAUUUUUAAAUGUUUCUUUGAAAAGCAAGAAAAACACAAUUAAUCACCUAUAUCUGAAAUGGAAAAUAAUAUUUUGCAAAAAUCAUGUGUGCUAAAAAGGCAAACUAUUUCUGGUUUUAUCUUCAUAAAAUGUAGUGGUAGCAGUAAUAGUAGCAGAUUUGUGAGUAACAUAUUCUUCCCUAUAUUUUCCACUUUAAAAUUUGUUUAAUAUUCUGUCAUAAUAUUUUGCACAGAAUUUUUCUAAAAAUUCCCAUCAUAAAAAUAAUUUGGGCAUUUAACUGGAACGUUUGAAAUAGUGCCAAAAGGGCAUGCAUGAUGAUUGUGUAUAUAUUUUUAAAUUCUACUAAAGACCUUUUUCUCUGGGAUGGAGAUGGUCGUUAUAUAGAGCAUUGACUGUACUUGUGACUGAUAUUACUCAUUCAAAUUCAAACAGAAUAUAAAAAGAUAAGGUAAAAGUUCAAUGUCAUGAUUUGCUUAAACAACUGCCAGUAAAUAUUGGAUUUCUUUUUAAAGUUUAUUAAUAUGUCAGGUAAAAUAACUAUUUGGUUGCAUGGGCAGAGCAAAACUCAUUUUACUAUGCAAAACAUUUAUAACAGGUCAAAAUAUGAAAAAUUGAAAUAAACA